AUGUCCACCGAAGAUUCGGCUGAUGAAGAGAAUCAGCCAUCACCGUUGCCGUCACUUCCACAAGAAAUCAUCACGGAGUGCGUAGCACGUGCACCAAGAUCCUACUAUUCCAUCCUCUCCCUCGUCUCUAACCAUUUCAGAUCUCUUGUUACAUCCCCUGAGCUAUACGCGAGACGACGAUCUCUCCCAAGCCGCGACGAUCACUGUCUCUAUGUUGCCAUCUCUGAAAACCAAACCUCAAGUAUCAACUGGUACACUCUCAGCCGUAAACCGAACAACAAGUUUUGGUUAGUCCGUAUCCCUUCACUCCCUCCUAUGGCUUUACAUGGAAGUUACGUGGUCGUAGGCCGGAGUAUACUUGUCAUGGGUGGGUUUUUUCGUUGGGGUUUGAUCUCACCGGGUGUGUUUCGCAUCGAUUGUUGGAGUCACACUGUGCAACCUCUCUUUCCAAUGCCAAAGGCUGUCGCUGGUUCGGUCUGUGAGCUUGUAGAUGGGAAGAUAUAUGUGAUUGGAGGGUCGGAUUCUGGUUCCAGUGAGAUGAAAUCAUCGUCUGGAUUGAUUAUGGCGUUUGAUCUUGAAGCACAAACGUGGGAGGUUUGGCAGAGACCGGACUGGGAAGUGAGGCAGAGGUGGUUUAGUAGUGUGAAUAUGUCCGGUAAGAUUCACAUGAGAGGUAAUAAGAAUAGCUAUGUCUUUGAACCAAAGGAAGGUACAUGGGAGGAGGAUAGGGUUUUGGAUUCUAAGGAGUGGUCAAAUGCAUGCGUUAUAGAUAAUGUUUUGUAUUACUAUGAUGCUCGUGUGAAUUGUAUAAGAACGUAUGAUCCUAAGGAGAGGGUUUGGGGAGUGGUCAAGGGUGUGGAGUUAGGAAUGUUUGAGGAUGGUUCAUGGUCAUACGCAGUGAAUUAUGGUGGAAAUUUGCUUGUGUUUUUGCAUAAAGAAGUAGCAUUGACUGAGACGACAGAGAUUUGGUGUGCGGAGGUUGUGGUGGAGAGGCGUGAAGAAGGAGAGAUUUGGGGAAGAGUUGCUUGGUGUGAUCUUGUGCUUGAUGGAAAGUUUCACAUUAUGAAAUGUUUAUCUGUUAAGGUUUGA